AUGACCACGCUGGCCGGAGCUGUGCCCAGGAUGAUGCGGCCGGGCCCGGGGCAGAACUACCCGCGCAGCGGGUUCCCGCUGGAAGUGUCCACCCCGCUCGGCCAGGGCCGAGUCAACCAGCUGGGCGGUGUAUUUAUCAACGGCAGGCCGCUGCCCAACCAUAUCCGCCACAAGAUCGUGGAGAUGGCCCACCACGGGAUCCGGCCCUGCGUCAUCUCCCGCCAAUUGCGUGUGUCCCACGGCUGCGUCUCUAAGAUCCUGUGCAGGUACCAGGAGACGGGCUCCAUCCGUCCGGGUGCCAUUGGCGGCAGCAAGCCCAAGCAGGUGACGACGCCUGACGUGGAGAAGAAAAUCGAGGAAUACAAACGCGAGAACCCGGGCAUGUUCAGCUGGGAAAUCCGAGACAAAUUACUCAAGGACGCGGUCUGCGACCGCAACACCGUGCCCUCAGUGAGUUCCAUCAGCCGCAUCUUGAGGAGUAAAUUCGGAAAAGGGGAGGAGGAGGAGGUCGACCUGGAGCGGAAGGAGGCAGAGGAGAGCGAGAAGAAGGCGAAACACAGCAUCGACGGCAUCCUGAGCGAGCGAGCCUCGGCACCCCAGUCGGAUGAAGGCUCAGACAUUGACUCUGAACCCGAUUUGCCACUAAAGAGGAAACAGCGCAGGAGCCGAACCACCUUCACAGCAGAACAGCUGGAAGAAUUGGAGCGUGCCUUUGAGAGAACCCACUACCCUGAUAUUUACACCAGGGAGGAGCUGGCACAGAGGGCAAAGCUCACCGAGGCCCGAGUGCAGGUCUGGUUUAGCAACCGCCGUGCAAGAUGGAGGAAGCAAGCUGGGGCCAAUCAACUGAUGGCUUUCAACCAUCUCAUUCCGGGGGGAUUCCCUCCCACCGCCAUGCCCACCUUGCCAACAUACCAGCUGUCGGAGACCUCGUACCAGCCCACUGCUAUUCCACAAGCCGUGUCAGACCCCAGCAGCACCGUGCACAGACCUCAGCCGCUCCCCCCGAGCACCGUACACCAAAGCACUCUCCCUUCGAACCCGGACAGCAGCUCUGCCUACUGUCUCCCCAGCACCAGGCAUGGAUUUUCCAGCUACACAGACAGCUUUGUGCCUCCGUCCGGACCCUCCAACCCCAUGAACCCCGCCAUUGGCAAUGGCCUUUCACCUCAGGUAAUGGGACUCCUGACCAACCACGGUGGGGUACCCCAUCAGCCCCAGACCGAUUAUGCUCUCUCUCCUCUCACUGGGGGCCUGGAACCUACCACCACGGUGUCGGCCAGCUGCAGUCAGAGACUAGACCAUAUGAAGAGCUUGGACAGUCUGCCAACAUCUCAGUCCUAUUGUCCACCCACCUACAGCACCACGGGCUACAGUAUGGACCCUGUCACAGGCUACCAAUAUGGGCAGUAUGGACAAAGUGCCUUUCAUUAUCUCAAGCCAGAUAUCGCUUGGUUUCAAAUUCUUUUGAACAUGCUGAACAAAAGCCGUGGAGAAAAGGAAGACCCAGAUCAGUAAAGACAAAUGCAACAUUUUAAGGCAAUGAUUUAACAUGGCUACAUA